CUCAGGUACCGACCGUCGCGACGAGUCAAAUUUUUUUUUAAGACCCUAGACCAGCAACGUUUCGACAUCAGUUGCAGCGACCUCUCUCCCGGCGUAUCCUCCCGUUUCUCUCUCCCGUACCUCGUUUGUCUCUCCAAAGGUAAAUCCUCUUACAAAUUCUACAAAUUCUUCAAACAUUAGGUUCAAUUUCAUCAAAUAAUCUCCGCAAAUUCGUGCAUUAGGUAUAAAUUUCCCCAUUUUUUCGUCAACUUUUACCUAUUUUCUCAAAAUCUCCAAAAUGAGUGAAAUUGUGUCAAGUGUUCCAAUCAAUGCUCAACCCGAUGUUCAAGAUGGGUUCAAGGCUUACGCCAACCCACACAUCAUUGAGGGGAGAACCCUUAAACAAGAUGACAUCCCGGUUCCCGUUCUUGAACUUAUUCAAGAACAAGGUUGGAGUUUCUUUCUUCAACUCCAAGCCCCCGUUUACCCGGACCUCGUUCAUCAAUUCUAUUCUCCUAUGAAAUACUAUCCCGAAGACCCUUCCAUUACAGCCGUAGUUGCUGGAAAAAUCUUCGGAUUCAACACCCAAAACCUUUCUGAAUUGUUUCACCUAGAGCGUGAAGGAGUCUCCACCUAUUGCAAAAAGGGGUGGAUUACCGACCCACGAGACUUUAACUCCGAUUCUUGCCUCCGAGUGCUAAACAACAUUGCCCUUAACCAUGUCUUUGAAGACCCGAACUACUUCCUUCGUAGGCCAAAUGUCCAAGACUUACCCGCAAAUAAGUUCAUCCUUCUCAAAAUCCUCAAAGAAAAUGUCAUCCCGGUCCUUAACAAAGAUAAACAAGUUGGAGUUUAUGAAUGCACUCUUCUAUAUUGGCUCCUCACUUACAAGAAAAUCAAUCUCCCUUCCAUCAUCCUAAAACACAUGUACGAAUGCUCCGGUCGCCAAAACAAACCCUAUGGCAUGCUUCUUACCCACAUCUUUGCCAAGAGGGAAAUUCUUGAGGUGCGCCAUUCUCGUGUCCGCUAUCUUGAUGCGGAGUGCCUUGGCUAUUGUGGCCUUGUGAAUAUUGGAGAAGAGUACUACAUGAAGAAGGAGUUUCAAAAUCUUGAUGAGGCUACACGAGCAGAGUAUGGCCCUCGACGAUCCUUGUCUUCUGUGCCAUCUACUUCACGAGCACCCCGGGCCGACGUCGAAGAAAAUACCAACACGGAUGUCCCCGUUCGUGCUCAAAGUCGGCGUCUCAUGCUUCUUCGGCCUCUCUCUUGCACCGUCACUCUCAAAUGGCUUCCACUUCCAAAAACCCCUUCAAGAAGUUCAAGAAAUUCAUCCUCAAGAUCGUAGUGGCUCCGAUGAAGAAAAUUCAAGAAAGCCUUGAUGACCUC